AUGGCCAAACGAAAAACAACUCGGUUCUCAUCUCUUCCAAUUGAACUUCUCUUGUGUAUUCUCUCAUUUAUCAUUGAUCCGAAUAAUUUACACAUCAAUUAUUCGCAAAAUCUUCGAUUUCUGAUGACAUUCACAAGCAUUAACAAGUCAUUAUCUUGUGAAAUGCAAGAAUAUUUCAACAAUAUUUGGUGGAAAUUAUUCGAAAGUCAAGUUAGAAUUAAAGAGAAAAACAGAGAAGAAUUUGAUCAAGUUAAAAAUCAAAUGGUGGAAAUAGGAAAUCUCCGAAGAAAGAUUAUUCUAACACUUUAUACGAAACAAUUUUUAAGUACAGUUCCCAUCACUAGAAAUGAAAAUGAAUAUCAUGAUGAAGAAAUUAAGAUUCUUCUCCUUGGAGAUGGAGGAGUUGGUAAAAGUUCGCUAAUUAUUCAAUUCAUUCAGGGAAAUUUCCUUGAACACAACACCCCAACAAUUGAUGAUAAUUACAGAAAAUAUGUGGAAAUUGGUGGAGAUCAAUAUUUAUUUAAUAUUUUCGAUUUCUAUGGACAUGAGGAGUAUGAAAGUAAUUUAUUUAAAGAGCAAUGCCUUUGUAAUUCCAAUUGUAUUGUAGUUGUUUGCUCUCUGACAGAUCCUAGUUCAAUAGAUGAUUGCUCUUUAGGAUAUCAUAUGGAAUUCAUGGCUCGAGUUAGAGGAAUCGAACAAUUAAAAAGUAUUCCAAUAAUUUUUGCAUUGAAUAAGGUUGAUGAUUUCACAGAAGAAGAGAAGGAAGAAAAGAGGGAAAUUACUGAGAAAGCUAAACAAGUUGUGAAUGACAAGAUUAGUCAAUAUGAAUUGUUAAAUACCUCUGUGACAAGUGCCAAGUUUAACAUAAAUGUGGAAGAAAUAUUCUUAGAUUGUGUGAGAUUACUAAGCGGAACCGAUUUGGGUUUAAAACUGUUAAAGAAUAUUAUUGAACUUGAUGUGGAAUAUUUGGAAUCUCUUAAACAGAAAUUGAUUAAGCCAAAGCAAAAUUCCAAAAAGUGCUUAUUUAUGUAA